AUGGACUUUAAUCAAUUCGAUACCGAGUUCAGCACACUCCUCAGCGAAGUCGUAACCAAUCUACCAAACGUCGACAUGGUCACGGUAGAUCCUCUCGCUCCCUGCCAACCCGGUAAAAUUCCCUUCUCUCGAAUCGAUAGCACUCUUUUAAGUGCGAGUUAUAAAUUACGAGAUCCAUCCGUUAAUUCGUAUCAAAAAAUUAUUUUUCUCAAUUCCAUCAUGAUGAAUCAUUGCGAAAUUGUUUUCUUGUUGUUUGGAGGUGAUCCGAGACAUCCCGGUUAUUUACCUCCGAGUACGUUGUGGUCCAUUUUGAAAGAAAAUUUAUGUGUUCCGAAAAAUCAGGCGAGUAUGAUGGAUGGCAGAUUGAGUACUUUUCAUAUUAUGUAUACCUUGUUGGGUUUUUCUGUAGAUCGAAUGUUGUUUUAUUUUCCAGAUGUCAUCUUUGAUUUAUUGUUGUUGCAUCCAAAUUUUUCGUUGAGUGAAAGUUUGACAUCAAACAACACAUCGUCGGAUAUGAUGAUCAUGUCUCGAAUUUAUGACACACCCAAUGCUGUGGGAUUGGCUGUUUCCAUGUCUCAAAAUUUGACCAGUUGGUAUCAAGGAGCUUUGGAAGAUCGACAAGGAAAGGCAAAAUAUUUUGAUUGUAAUAUCGAGACUUUUGAAUUAAUGUUGGACUUGUUGAGAGAUCGUUUAUUCAUGUUUAUUGUGGCAUGUAUCAAAUGUACAGAGAAGGAUCGUUUGAUGGUUGUUUGCUUUUUAGAUAAUUUGUGUGAUUUGUUUGGUACUAUGAGAGUGAAUGAACGUGAAGAAUUUGUGUUCGAUCAGCAAAAGAGUGUCAACUCGUUUAACAGCCAAGUGAGCUCAUUGGAUUCUUCGAAAGAGGGUAGCUCUACAAAGUUGGGAAAAAUUUUGAAUGCCUUGUACAUGACUGAGGCCUAUGAUCGUCAAGAAUAUGUCGAAUAUUUAGUGGAUACUUUUUCUAAUCAUUCAUCCAAGAAAAUUAGAGAUUCGAUUACUUCGUUUUUGGGUCUCAAUCUCAUUCGUAAAGUGAAACAGAAAAUUCAACAAAAGAAAUUGAACAAGUUAAGAUUGAAUUCCAAGCUUGCCAAAGAUGCAUCGAUUGAGGAAUAUUUCACAAUUGUGUGUGAAUUGGGUGGAAGAAAACGUAAAUUCAGAGUUAGUAAUGUCAAUUCGAUUGCUGAGCUACAAGACAAAAUUACACAAGAAUAUUCACAACGAAAGAGAAGUUCUCAAGCACUUUCAACAUCCAAUGAUCAAAAGAAUGUAUUACAGCUCUUCCUCUCUUCAGAAAGUGAACUCAAUCCAAAAACAGAAAAUUCCGAUCACGUUGGACAACGUGGAGAUUGGGUCGAUCUCGACGAUUUCAACUAUUUACAAGCAUCUCAACGAAAUAUUCAAACCAAAAAGGUCAUCAAUGAAGUCAUCAACCAAGUUCGAUUGGUCAAGAAGGUUGUCACAAAAAUUACAGAAUCCUCUGGAACUUCCUUUACGGACAAGUCAUCAUUUUUAUCAGAAUCAUUUGUUCCAUCCAGAUUUGAAGACGAUGACAGUGCUCUUGCAACCAAAGGUUCCUCAGAAGGAAAUACUGCUCAACAACUCUCUGACAAGUCCAAUAGCUCUGGAUCUCUUGAAUUUUCAAACAAUACCUUAUUGAGUAAUGAUGGAUCUCAAUUAUCCAUUGGUGUGUCCAUUCUGGCACCUCAACAACCAAUCGUGAAUCAAAAUCUUCAACAAACCAGUGGAAUUGAGAUGAGUGGAAUUGAAAUGAGUGGAAUCGAAGGAAGUCAAUUCAUGUCAUCGCUUGAAAAUUUAUCAUUUGUGGAUACUGAUCAUGCUGUAUUUUCAUCUGACGAUGAAGAUAAUUAA